AUGGGUCACGUGGCGCAAUCCAUGGCUUCCGGUGGUCAUCCUGAGGGCGCCGCGCUGGUCACCAGACAUGACCAGCUGGCUGGCAGUCUGGCUAGGCUGCAGAGACUGGCAGCGAGCAGGCAGGCCGCGCUCGUGGAGAGUGUGUGCAGCUCCGUGACGUCAUCUCGUGGUCGUCAUCCCUCCGCAGCGAGAUGUCAUCCCCAGCUGCCGCAGGCUCAGCAGCAGCUGAGGGCGGAGAAAGAGGCGCGCGACGACUGUUUCAAGGACGUACUGGCCAGGGGGCAGAGGUUACUGGAUGAGGAACGUCCCAGCUCAGCGGAGGAGAGGAGCGUUGCCGCGCGGCAGGUGGCGUUGGAGCAGCUGAUCGACUGGCGCUGCUUCCUGAGAGACGAUAAAAGUGAAAAGAAUAUUAAAAAAAACGUAAUGGAGUAG